CGGAGCGGAGCCGGUUUGCUUCCCGCCUCUCCGUCCUUGCUGUUUCUUCCCUGCUGUGGGAGCUCCCUUAAUGCUUUCUCUCGCUGACCGGGUUGGUCAGUCUGUUAGAGACCGGUGGAGAAGCUCUGCGCGCUUGCCUACCGUUGAGCUCUCUUCAAGCCGGUUAACUCUCGGGCGACAUACGGAGCGAUGACGGGGGCGGUUCUGCUGGCGGCGGCCACCGGGGUCGCCCUCGUCCUGGCCUUCCUGUUGCUUCUCUACAUAGUGUCGCCGCUGACCAGCCCCAAGCCCCUGUCGUUGUCUGGCGCUCACGUCGUGGUAACUGGUGGCUCCAGUGGCAUUGGAAAAAGCGUUGCUAUCGAAUGCUUCAAACAAGGCGCAUUUAUAACGCUCAUUGCAAGAAACGAGAGCCGGCUGUUAGAGGCAAAAAGAGAAAUUGAGAAGUUCUCAGUUAAUGAUAAGCAGGUUGUACAUUCUAUCUCAGUUGAUGUUUCCAAAGACUGUGCAAAUGUGGAGAGGGUCCUUAAACAAGCUCAAGAGAAGUUGGGUCCAGUCGACAUGCUUAUAAAUUGUGCUGGAACAUCAGCUAAUGGAAAGUUUGAAGAGCUUGAUAUCAGCAGAUUUGAACAAUUGAUGGCUAUCAACUACUUGGGUAGUGUUUACCCAACUCGGGCGGUGGUUACCACCAUGAAGGAACGAAGGAUGGGAAGGAUUGUGUUUGUGUCAUCCCAGGCUGGGCAAGUUGGACUGUUUGGAUACUCGGCUUAUUCCGCAACCAAGUUUGCUCUUCGAGGACUAGCUGAAGCUUUGCAAAUGGAGGUAAAACCCUAUAAUAUCUACAUAACAGUUGCCUAUCCUCCAGAUACAGACACACCUGGCUACACAGAAGAAAAUGAAACAAAGACUUUAGAGGCUAAGCUUAUUUCAGAAGCAUCAGCGGUCUGCAAACCUGAUCACGUUGCCAGAACAAUUGUUAAAGAUGCCAUUCUAGGAAAAUUUUCCAGUUCUGUUGGUACAGAUGGUCACAUGUUGGCAGUAUUGACCAGUGGUAUGUCGCCAAUCUCUUCUAUUGCUGAAGUUCUAGAGGCGGUUAUUUGCAUGGGCUUUUUUCGCUUCAUGAGCCUGUAUUACAUAGCAAGUUUUGACAACAUAAUUCGCCGUUGCAUGGUAAAGAAAGAGAAAUCUGAAAAGAUGGACUGAAACAGAAUGACUCAAGGGCUGUUUAAAAAGUUGAACAGUUUGCUGCUAAAUGAGACUGUAUUUGUGGCCUAAAUAUGCCUCAUGGAAAUGUGGAAGAGGUGGUAUCUUCAGUGAUGAAAGAAGGAAACUGAGCUACUCCUGAAAAAAGACUAUGCAAAGGUGCUAAUGAAGAAUAUGGUUUUUCCUUUGUUGCUUUUAUGUGUUUUGAAGUAAUAAGCAGAUUGUUGCCUUAUAAAUGAGCUUUUUUGGAAGAGCAGAACUUCAGAGUGACCUAUUUGCUGGUAAUUCUGGACCAAUACUAAUAGUUAGCAGUGAUGAAAUUUCAUUCUGUUACGUACUUGUUAAUCUAAGAGCUGGUUCAAACAUGCAUUCUAUGAUUUGGUACAGUCCUCCCACACAUCUCAGAUCUCCUACAGAAGGCCCAGUUCAAGCAUUAUCCUGAUAACAUGAUUGCUGCCAGAAAGCUGAAUCCUGUAGGCAUUGUUUUAUAUUGUUGGCCACAUGUGGGAUGAUUCAAAUGGCUGAGAGAAGGCUAGUCACAACAGCAAAAACUGUCAAAAAUGAAGUAUUUCACCUCUGGAAUAAUACAUGAAUUUUGUGAGAUGGUAAUUUUGUAAUAUAGUGUAUGACUUCGAUGUGGGAGUACUCUAAAUGAGCUGCCCCCUACUUGAGAUAUGAGGUGAUAGUUGCAUGAGAGAAUAUUAAAUUGGAGAAUCAACAUCAAAAUUAGCUCACAGGAAGUCUCCCUUGGGGGUUACUUUUGAGUUUUCUCCUACCAGAUCAUGGAUGGCGGGGGAGGGGAGGGGGUCUAGUCUAAAAUUUGAGUAUUUUGGCUAAUCAUUCCCACCCUUGACACAUGAAUACAUUAUUAGUUUUGUGAAGUAUUCCCCCUAUUGUAUUAAAUUAAUAUGAAAUGUCUUGAUGGCAGACGGUUACUCAUGAUUUCUGCAGAACCAAUGAAGUAUGCUUUAAAUAGUUGUAGAAAUUCAAGGGAGAUGAAGGACCCAUUGCACACUGACAUACUAGAAGAUGUCUUUUUUUCCUGCCUCUAUCCAGUCUAUAAACAAAACAAAAUUUGCCCAUUUGUUCAUUAUCUGUAAAAAAAUAUAUGUUUAUCUCUUGCCAGCUCAAUAAAAGUUAGAGGGAGAAAUGGAAGGAGCAAAUCAAGUGCUAGGUAGAAUUAAAUGCAGCACAAAGAAGUGUCAAAGUUCCUACUGUGAUGGCAGUGUGUGAAGGCUACUUGCGUUGUUUCAAUGUUUUAAUCCCAGCAUGCCAACCCCUAAACUACAUGGAAUCUGGGUUUAUAAAAAGUCCUUCAGUGGUCUUUGGGAAUCAUAUUUGCUGUGUAUAAAUGAAAAGAUUUUCGUAGGUUGCAAAUAUCACUGAACCUCAGUGUUGAACUGAUUCAUAAGAAUUUAACUUUGUCAUUUUCCAAGUGCCUAAAAUGACUCCUUUAAGAGCCUCAACUUGCCAUUUUGUUGGUUAAUAGAGAUGCAUUUUGAGAAUCAUAGGUCUUUUCUUGCCAUAUUCUUUAAAAAAAGGAGGAUGUGUGUAGGUUGUUAAAGGAGGACACUUCUUUAAAUUCCCCUUGCAGAACAUCUUGCAUGGCCAGAUCAAGCCCAGUAGCUUCUGGUUCAAUUCCAUUAUAGUCUUCCAAACUUAAUAGAUGUAAAAGAUUAUCAAAACUGAUGAAAUCACAAUGGCAGCUGCUUGAGAUGAAUAUUGAGUGGUCAUGUUUGCUUCUUUGUUCUUGUACACAAGUAUUAGUUACCCAAAUGCUGUGUAACUGAAACAGAAAACUGCCAAUUUGAAUAUAAGCACUUAGGGUAUUUGGCAUUUUGAAGGGCUGGGAAUAUUGCCAGUUAGAAGGGAUGGUUAUUAGUAAGUUGGGCCUGGCGUUGUCUCAACAAAUACUUGCUUCAAGUCUCAUUUGAAUUAGCAACUAUGAUUCACAAAAAGCAUAUCUGCAUGUUUUUCUUGGAACUGUUGAAGUAGAGCUUGCUUUCCUUGUUUGCCAUAUUGAACUCUGCCAUCAAAGUUGGUGCAUAUUUUUUUGUUUUCUACACGUGCUAGAAUAGCCUUUCAAGCUGACUAACACAUUUAGUUCAAAUCGUAAGUUCUAAAUUAAAGCAUGCAGAAUUGCCAAAUAACCAAUAGUUUAAAGAAGGAUGGCUGUCUUGUACAUCUACUUAAGAACCUGUUAAUUCUUUUGUUAGCUAGCAGGGCUUUAGUGUGUUGGUGGAUUAUGACCUCGGUUUCUUCAGUUUGAACAAAAGUAUCUUGUCAUAUUUCCAGGCUUGCUGUUGAACUAAAAUUAAAAAUUCUGAUGUUAUGGAGCAUUAUUGCUCUUGCUCAACUCAAAUAGAUGUAACAGUCUACUAAAGAAAAAGAAGGAAAUGGGUAACUGGCCUACAAUUGUAUACUGUGAAAAUGUUUAGGCACUUUUUAAUGUUAAUAUUGAAUGAGGCUAAAACCCAUAACUCAUUA